AGGACAAUUUUCAAGUGAACAACAGCAGAUAAGCAAAUAAUAUAUAACGCAAAGUGAUAAAAUGGGAUUUAAGUUCUGGCAGCUGAAGGCAACUGUCAUUCAUCUGCUUGUAGUUAUAAGCAUUGCUCGAUGCGAGCCCGGGUUUUGCGAUCGUGAAAAUUGUUCCGACCAUUUCGUACGUGAAAGUAUUCAAUAUACAAACGGCAAUGUAAUCUGGUUACGAGAAAAGUUUGAUUACCAACCCGCCACUAACACCAAUUUGGAUACCACAGAACCGGCUUACCGUUCCACCUUAACUCAUUAUAAAUAUCGACACAUAGUCGGCAUCAACGAACCUGACAACCACUACCAAGAUAAAAGUGAAAGCAAUAGACGGAAUUUUGAACGCAAUGAUAGUGCCGACCACACAAGGAGUUCAGAAGACCGUGAGAACGAAAAACCGAUAUCUUAUGAACACUUCGAUCAUCAAACCACUUUAAAUGGCCAAGAGGAACGACAAGAACCUAAUAAUCGCUUUAUUGACCUAGGUAAACCACUAGAAAAUAUAGAGCAACGACGAGAACUGUCUCCACGUUUUAAUGAUCCCGAGCAACGAGCUUUGGCUACCAGACAGUUUGAUGAUCGUGAAGAGCGGCAAAAAAUUACAAGGAGCCUUGACAACCUCGUAGGUCGACAAGAUUAUUCUCUACGUUUGGAUAACCACGAAGAGCGACGAGAACCAUCCCAACGGAUAAUAGACCGUGAGGAACGCUCUAUAGCUACCAGGCGGAUUAAUGAUCGGGAGGAACGACGAACAAUUACAAGGAGCAUUGAUGACCGCGAAGAACGACGAGUUUCCGCCUUACGCACCGACACUCACAAUGAGCGACGAGAACAAGCUCAACGCUCGAGUGACCAUGAAGAAAGAUUAGAAGUUACCAGGCGAUUUGAUGACCGCGAAGAACGACGGGACGCCGCCUUACGCAGCGACACCCAUAAUGAGCGACGAGAACAAGCUCAACGCUCAAGUGACCGCGAAGAAAGAUUAGAAGCUACCAGACGAUUUGAUGACCGCGAAGAACGACGAGAUACCGCCUCACGCACCGACACUCACAAUAAGCGACGAGAACAAGAUCAACGCUCGAGUGACCGUGAAGAAAGACUAGAAGCUACCAGGCGAUUUGAUGACCGCGAAGAUCGAAGGGAUACCGCCUCACGCAUCGACACUCACAAUGAGCGACGAGAACAAGCUCAACGCUCGAGUGACCGUGAAGAAAGAUUAGAAGCUUCCAGACGAUUUGAUGACCGCGAAGAACGACGGGAUGCCACCUUACGCACCGACACCCGCAACGAGCGACGAGAACAAGAGCAACGCGCAAUUGACCGUGAAGACCGAUUUGAAGCUAUCAGGCGAUUCAAUGACCGCGAAGAACGACGAGAUACCGCCUUACGCAGCGACACUUACAAUGAGCGACGAGAACAAGCUCAACGCUCGAGUGACCGUGAAGAAGGAUUAGAAGCUUCCAGACGAUUUGAUGACCGCGAAGAACGACGGGACGCCGCCUUACACACCGACACCCGCAACGAGCGACGAGAACAAGAGCAACGCGCAAUUGACCGUGAAGACCGAUUUGAAGCUAUCAGGCGAUUUAAUGACCGCGAAGAACGACGAGAUACCGCCUUACGCAGCGACACUUACAAUGAGCGACGAGAACAAGCUCAACGCUCGAGUGACCGUGAAGAAGGAUUAGAAGCUUCCAGACGAUUUGAUGACCGCGAAGAUCGAAGGGAUACCGCCUCACGCACCGACACUCACAAUGAGCGACGAGAACAAGCCCAAAGUCCAACUGACCGUAAAGAAAGAUUAAAAGCUACCAGGCGAUUUGAUGACCACGAAGAACGACGGGACACCGUCUUACGCACCCACACCCACAACGAGCGACGAGAACAAGCUCACCGCUCGAGUGACCGUGAAGAAAGAUUAGAAGCUUCCAGACGAUUUGAUGACCGCGAAGAACGACGGGAUGCCACCUUACGCACCGACACCCGCAACGAGCGACGAGAACAAGAGCAACGCGCAAUUGACCGUGAAGACCGAUUUGAAGCUAUCAGGCGAUUUAAUGACCGCGAAGAACGACGAGAUACCGCCUUACGCAGCGACACUUACAAUGAGCGACGAGAACAAGCUCAACGCUCGAGUGACCGUGAAGAAGGAUUAGAAGCUUCCAGACGAUUUGAUGACCGCGAAGAUCGAAGGGAUACCGCCUCACGCACCGACACUCACAAUGAGCGACGAGAACAAGCCCAAAGUCCAACUGACCGCAAAGAAAGAUUAGAAGCUACCAGACGAUUUGAUGACCGCGAAGAACGACGAGAUACCGCCUCACGCACCGACACUCACAAUAAGCGACGAGAACAAGCUCAACGCUCGAGUGACCGUGAAGAAAGACUAGAAGCUACCAGGCGAUUUGAUGACCGCGAAGAUCGAAGGGAUACCGCCUCACGCAUCGACACUCACAAUGAGCGACGAGAACAAGCCCCAAGUCCAACUGACCGUAAAGAAAGAUUAAAAGCUACCAGGCGAUUUGAUGACCGCGAAGAACGACGGGACACCGUCUUACGCACCCACACCCGCAACGAGCGACGAGAACAAGAGCAACGCUCGAGUGACCGUGAAGAAAGAUUAGAAGCUUCCAGACGAUUUGAUGACCGCGAAGAACGACGGGAUGCCACCUUACGCACUGACACCCGCAACGAGCGACGAGAACAAGAGCAACGCGCAAUUGACCGUGAAGACCGAUUUGAAGCUACCAGGCGAUUUAAUGACCGCGAAGAACGACGAGAUACCGCCUUACGCACCGACACUUACAAUGAGCGACGAGAACAAGCUCAACGCUCGAGUGACCGUGAAGAAGGAUUAGAAGCUUCCAGACGAUUUGAUGUCCGCGAAGAACGACGGGACGCCGCCUUACACACCGACACCCGCAACGAGCGACGAGAACAAGAGCAACGCGCAAUUAACCGUGAAGAAAGAUUAGAAGCUACCAGGCGAUUUGAUGAUCGCGAGGAACGACGGGAUACCGCCUUACGCACCGACACUUACAAUGAGCGACGAGAACAAGCUCAACGCUCCAUUAGCCGUGAAGAAAGAUUAGAAGCUUCCAGACUAUUUGAUAACCGCGAAGAUCGACGGGAUGCCGCCUUACGCAUCGACACCCGCAACGAGCAACGAGAACAAGAGCAACGCGCAAUUGACCGUGAAGAAAGAUUAGAAGCUACCAGGCGAUUUGAUGACCGCGAAGAACGACGGGACGCCGCCUUACGCAGCGACACCCAUAAUGAGCGACGAGAACAAGCUCAACGCUCAAGUGGCCGCGAAGAAAGAUUAGAAGCUACAAGACGAUUUGAUGACCGCGAAGAACGACGAGAUACCGCCUCACGCACCGACACUCACAAUAAGCGACGAGAACAAGAGCAACGCUCGAGUGACCGUGAAGAAAGAUUAAAAGCUACCAGGCGAUUUGAUGACCGCGAAGAACGACGAGAUACCGCCUCACGCACCGACACUCACAAUAAGCGACGAGAACAAGAGCAACGCGCAAUUGACCGUGAAGAAGGAUUAGAAGCUACCAGGCGAUUUGAUGACCGCGAAGAACGACGGGAUGCCGCCUUACGCACCGACACCCGGAACGAGCGACGAGAACAAGAGCAACGCGCAAUUAACCGUGAAGAAAGAUUAGAAGCUACCAGGCGAUUUGAUGAUCGCGAGGAACGACGAGAUACCGCCUUACGCAGCGACACUUACAAUGAGCGACGAGAACAAGCUCAACGCUCGAGUGACCGUGAAGAAAGAUUAGAAGCUUCCAGACUAUUUGAUAACCGCGAAGAUCGACGGGAUGCCGCCUUACGCACCGACACCCGCAACGAGCGACGAGAACAAGAGCAACGCGCAAUUGACCGUGAAGACCGAUUUGAAGCUACCAGGCGAUUUGAUGACCGCGAAGAACGACGAGAUACCGCCUUACGCACCGACACUUACAAUGAGCGACGAGAACAAGCUCAACGCUCGAGUGACUGUGAAGAAAGAUUAGAAGCUUCCAGACGAUUUGAUGACCGCGAAGAACGAUGGGAUGCCGCCUUACACACCGACACCCGCAACGAGCGACGAGAACAAGAGCAACGCGCAAUUAACCGUGAAGAAAGAUUAGAAGCUACAAGACGAUUUGAUGACCGCGAAGAACGACGAGAUACCGCCUCACGCACCGACACUCACAAUAAGCGACGAGAACAAGAGCAACGCGCAAUUGACCGUGAAGAAGGAUUAGAAGCUACCAGGCGAUUUGAUGACCGCGAAGAACGACGGGAUGCCGCCUUACGCACCGACACCCGGAACGAGCGACGAGAACAAGAGCAACGCGCAAUUGACCGUGAAGACCGAUUUGAAGCUACCAGGCGAUUUGAUGACCGCGAAGAACGACGAGAUACCGCCUUACGCACCGACACUUACAAUGAGCGACGAGAACAAGCUCAACGCUCGAGUGACCGUGAAGAAAGAUUAGAAGCUUCCAGACUAUUUGAUAACCGCGAAGAUCGACGGGAUGCCGCCUUACGCAUCGACACCCGCAACGAGCAACGAGAACAAGAGCAACGCGCAAUUGACCGUGAAGAAAGAUUAGAAGCUACCAGGCGAUUUGAUGACCGCGAAGAACGACGAGAUACCGCCUCACGCACCGACACUCACAAUAAGCGACGAGAACAAGCUCAACGCUCAAGUGACCGCGAAGAAAGACAAGAAGCAACAAGGCGAUUUGAUGGCCGCGAAGAUCGAAGGGAUACCGCCUCACGCACCGACACUCGCAAUGAGCGACGAGAACAAGCUCUACGCUUAGGUGACCGUGAAGAAAGAUUAAAAGCUACCAGGCGCUUUGAUGUCCGCGAAGAACGACGGGACGCCGCCUUACGCACCGACACCCAUAAUGAGCGACGAGAACAAGCUCAACGCUCGAGUGACCGUGAAGAAAGAUUAGAAGCUACCAGGCGAUUUGAUGACCGCGGAGAACGACGGGAUGCCACCUUACGCACCGACACCCGCAACGAGCGACGAGAACAAGAGCAACGCGCAAUUGACCGUGAAGACCGAUUUGAAGCUACCAGGCGAUUUGAUGACCGCGAAGAACGACGAGAUACCGCCUUACGCACCGACACUUACAAUGAGCGACGAGAACAAGCUCAACGCUCGAGUGACUGUGAAGAAAGAUUAGAAGCUUCCAGACGAUUUGAUGACCGCGAAGAACGAUGGGAUGCCGCCUUACACACCGACACCCGCAACGAGCGACGAGAACAAGAGCAACGCGCAAUUAACCGUGAAGAAAGAUUAGAAGCUACAAGACGAUUUGAUGACCGCGAAGAACGACGAGAUACCGCCUCACGCACCGACACUCACAAUAAGCGACGAGAACAAGAGCAACGCGCAAUUGACCGUGAAGAAGGAUUAGAAGCUACCAGGCGAUUUGAUGACCGCGAAGAACGACGGGAUGCCGCCUUACGCACCGACACCCGGAACGAGCGACGAGAACAAGAGCAACGCGCAAUUGACCGUGAAGAAAGAUUAGAAGCUACCAAACGAUUUGAUGACCGCGUAGAACGACGGUAUACCGCCUCACGCACCGACACUCGCAAUGAGCGACGAGAACAAGCCCAAAGUCCAACUGACCGUAAAGAAAGAUUAGAAGCUACAAGACGAUUUGAUGACCGCGAAGAACGACGACAUACCGCCUCACGCACCGACACUCACUAUAAGCGACGAGAACAAGAGCAACGCGCAAUUGACCGUGAAGAAGGAUUAGAAGUUACCAGGCGAUUUGAUGACCGCGAAGAACGACGGGACGCCGCCUUACGCACCCACACCCGCAACGAGCGACGAGAACAAGAGCAACGCUCGAGUGACCGUGAAGAAAGAUUAGAAGCUACCAAACGAUUUGAUGACCGCGUAGAACGACGGUAUACCGCCUCACGCACCGACACUCGCAAUGAGCGACGAGAACAAGCCCAAAGUCCAACUGACCGUAAAGAAAGAUUUGAAGCUACCAGGCGAUUUAAUGACCGCGAAGAACGACGAGAUACCGCCUCACGCACCGUCACUCACUAUGAGCGACGAGAACAAGCUCAACGCUCGAGUGACCGUGAAGAAGGAUUAGAAGCUUCCAGACGAUUUGAUGACCGCGAAGAACGACGGGAUGCCGCCUUACGCACCCACACCCGCAACGAGCGACGAGAACAAGAGCAACGCGCAAUUAACCGUGAAGAAAGAUUAGAAGCUACAAGACGAUUUGAUGACCGCGAAGAACGACGAGAUACCGCCUCACGCACCGACACUCACAAUAAGCGACGAGAACAAGAGCAACGCGCAAUUGACCGUGAAGAAGGAUUAGAAGCUACCAGGCGAUUUGAUGACCGCGAAGAACGACGGUAUACCGCCUUACGCACCGACACCCGCAACGAGCGACGAGAACAAGAGCAACGCUCAAUUGAAGAAAGAUCUGUAGCUGCCAGAAGGUUUUAUGACCGCGAAGAUGGACGAGAGCAAGUUCAACGCUCAAACGGACAUGUAGAACGAUCUUUAGCUACCAGGCGUGUUGACGUUAGGGAAGAACGACGAGAACAAGCCCAAGGCACGAAGGACCGUGAAGAAAGAUCUUUAGCUACCAGAAGGUUUGCUGAUCGUGAGGAACGACGAACAAUUACAAGGACCGUUGAUGGCCGCGAAGAACGAAGAGAUACCGCCUCACGCACUGACACUCACAACGAGCGACGAGAACAAACUCAACGCUCAGGUGACCGUGCAGAAAAAUUAGAAGCUACCAGGCACUUUGAUGACCGCGAAGAACGACGGGAUGCUGAUUUACGGACCGGUACCCACAAAGAGCGACGAGAACAAGCCCAACGCUCAAAUGAUCGUGAUGAACGACGAACAAUUAAAAGGAUCAUUGAUGACCGCGAAGAACGACGGGUCGCCGCCUUACGCACCGACACCCACAAUGAGCGACGAGAACAGGUUCAACGCUCAAGUUACCGUGAAGAAAGAUUGGAAGCUUCCAGACGAUUUGAUGACCGCGAAGAACGACGGGUCGCCGCCUUACGCACUGACACCCACAAUGAGCGACGAGAAAAAGCUCAACGCACAAGUGAUCGUGGGAAAAGAUUAGAACCUACCAGGCAUUUCGAUGACCGCGAAGAACAACGAGAUGCUGAUUUACGGACGGGUACCCACAAAGAGCGACGAGAGCUAUUCAAUCGCUCGAACGACCUUGAGGAACGAACUGCAAAUAUCAGGCGGUUUCAUGACCGCACAGAUCGACUUGCUGCUGUCCUACCGACGGCUACCCGCAAACAGCGACGUGAACAACGAGAUAUUACUCGUCGAGUUGGUAUCACCGAUGAGUUCGAAAUAGUUUCGCAUUUACGAAAAGAGUCAACUUUAAGUGCAAUGGAAUCGGAUCUGGGAACAAAGGCUAAUUCAAACCUAAAGCGAGGAUACAUUUUACUGGGGCAGGUAGCCAUAUUGACCAUAGCAUUAAUCAGGGCACUCAGGGGUAACAGCAUUGAGAUAAAAAAGGAUUUCCGGCAACAUAUAGAUGGUUCUACGAAUUUUAUUGGAUUUUAAAACAAUGUCAAACAAGGAAAGUUAACACAAAAAUUUACUUACGAAUUAUGUAUAAAUAGAAAAAUGUACCUAAAGCAAAUUUCUUGCAAAAUCGCUGUGUUAUGCAAACAAUUAUGUGUGUAUUAUAUGUGCAUCCGUAUCAAAUAAGUUUAUGAGCAAUGUAAAUACAUUUCAAUCGUUGUUAUUUAUUCUAUGUAAAAAUGUAACUGUAUUAUAAAUAUAGAUAUAUAUGUUAUUGCAAAUAAAUGAAUGAGCACUUAAAUAAACAAAU